CUUUUUUCUUCCAAUCGAUUUCGAUGGCGGCGCACCUCGAGAAGCACGCGGCCGUCGGCGCCGUCACGGCCCUGCACUUCUCGCCCGACGGGUCGCUUCUCUACGCCUGCGUGGGCUCGACCGUGUACUUCUACGACACUGCGACCGGCUGCCAAGUGCACGCGCUCACGGCGAUGCGCAACGGCACCGUCCACGGUCUCGACGUCGCCGACCCAGUCGCUGCGCUCUUUGGCCAAAAGAUGCUUGCGGUUCUCGCGCAUGCGCCGUCGUCGCCAGCAGACGACAUGCGCCGCAUGCACGUGGUGCAAAAGGAGUUUCCAGAUUGGAUUCUCGACGCGCGCUUGCUCAGCAACGAGCCGACGGCCGCUGGUGCGUUGCCGCUCGUGGCCGUCGGCAUGGCCCACAACCUCGUGCACGUGUGGAACCCGACGACAGAUGCCAUUGUGCACAGCGUGCGCUGCUCGGAGCGGUCGAUCUUGUAUGCCAUGGGCCUCUAUGGCCGGUCGCUCGACUCGCUCGUCGUUGCCGCCGGGACGGUCUUUCAGCACAUUCUGCUGUGGAACCCCAUGGGCGAUGGCCAACCCGUCCAGCGACUGCACCAGCACGACGGCGUGCUCUUCAAGCUCCAGUGGUCCGACGACGGCCAGCGCCUCGCGUCCGUCUCGGACGAUCGGUCAGUACAGCUCUGGGCUAACGGCAGCACCGGCGUAACCAGCCCCACGACGACGCUCAGCCGUCCCUUCGAGAGCGUCUUUCGAGGGUGGGGCCACACGGCUCGCAUUUGGGAUGUCAAGUUUACUUCGCUGGGCCUCGUCACGGCGAGCGAAGACGCGACGUGCAAGUUGUGGGAUCUCUCCACCAGCCAGUGUGUUGCGACGCUGCACGGCCACACGGACGUCAACGUUUGGCGACUCGCGGUGCACCCGUCGCAGCCGCAUCUGAUUGCGUCCGGUGGCGGUGACAAUGCCGUCAAAACCUGGGACCUCCGUCUCCACGUCUUCAACCAAGCCCCGCCGGCGGUGACGCUCCCCUCGGUGCACGCGACCGUCCGCGCCAUGGCGAUGACCAAAACCCAUGUCUAUGCGAUCACCGACAAGUCGACGCUCGUCGCGCAAGCACUGGCGGUCGGUGCCGCGCCGUCGUCCGUUGCGCUUACCUACAACGCGUGCAGCCUCGACACCUCGGACGACGACGGCGUCAUUGCCGUCGGUGACGUCCGCGGCGUCGUCCACAUCUACGAUGCGCAGCUGCAGUCGUUGCUCGAGUGGCAGGCGCACGCCACAAGCCGCGUCCUGUACGUGUGGCUCCACGCGCCCAACCGCGUCUUGACGUCAAGCGUCGACAUGCACUUGCACGAGUGGGCGCUCGAUGUGACGACCAAGACUGUGACGCUCCUCCGGUCCGUCACGAGCCGGACACCGAAGGCGUGCGUCUCCAGCUACGCGUUCACCGACGACGCGGGGCUCUGGACGGGCGACAGCCGCGGGAACCUCGCCUACUACACGGCGCAGUCAUCGUCGCCGACGCACGUACUCGCCCACGCCCACGGCGACGACAUUGUGUCGAGCGUACUCUGGCGCGACAACAAGCUCUACUCAACGGGCCACGACGGGUACCUGACUGUCACCGAGCGCGUCAACGGCGUCUUUGCCAUCACGCGCAAGCAGUCGAUCAAGGGCCUCGCGACGCUCAAGCGCGUUUGGUUCGAGGGCGAUGAUCUCCUUGUGUUUGGUUUCCACGCCAAAACCGCGCACAUAGUCAACGUCUCGCAGUCGUUCCGUCGGGUCUCGGUCACCACAGGCGGGUGGCGCAGCCCGCACGCGCUCCGCGUCGCCUGUGCCACCGACCACGCGCUGUGCGUCGGUCAAAAAGAUACGAUACUGCUCCACGCGUCGAGCUCGCUCCUCGAAGCAACGCGGCCAACGACGUCGGUGCACGGCCAGAUGCACCACAGCAAAACCGCCUGCUGCGUCGAGUGGGACCCCGUGACCAAGCUGCUGCUAACGGGCGGCGAAGACAACGCGCUCAAGGUCUAUGCCUACGACACCCAGCGCCAGGUCCUCGACUGCAUCGACUCGGUGAGCAUGCAUACGACCAACAUUCGAGCACUCGCCGUCACCGACAACUAUGUGCUAUCGGCGGGCGGGAAGCAGUCGGUGCACGUGUGGCGUCUGCACGAGAAGCGGCUGCAGCACGUCGGUGAGCAUACGCCGAGCGACGCGCCGCAGGACCAGCGCAUCCUUGCCCUCGCCGCGACGCAACUGGGCGACGGCCACACCCUUGCGUUUGCAGGGUCCUCGGAAGGUGCGGUGACAGCGCUGCUUAUCGACACGGCCGGUCAUAUCCAUGUCGCUGGCGUCUUUGGCACGUCGACGCAAAAGCCGAUCUUGUCCUGCGGGCUCUACCACGAGGCCAAUACGCUCUACUUGGCGACCGGCGCGACCGACGGCAAGGUCGUCCUCUGGCACCUCACCGACGCCGUCGCGACAAGCAACUACACGGCGUUGACGCCGGCGUACGUCUACACGGCCCAUGACAUGGGCGUCAACUGCCUCAGCGUCCUCGCCGACGGCCCGUCGCGCUUUCACAUUGUGACCGGCGGCGACGAUCAGUGCAUCGCGCAUGCUACGUUGACGCUCGCCUCGGAUGGCGGGCUCGCAGAGACGACGCACCACGCCGGCGUCCGCAAUGCCAGUGCGUCGGCGCUCAAGGCGAUUCGGUGUGUCGGCAACGUCGUCGUCGCCGGCGGCUACGACCAGCGCGUGACCGUGUGGCGCUGGAACGACUCUCGCUCGGCCUUGAAGUGGGCGGCGGCUGCCUUGUCCGAGACGGCCGACAUUGCAGGCCUCGGCGUCUACGAGGCGCUUGAUGCGACAGCACUGCAGAUCGUCGCGGUCGGAAAAGGCCUGCAAGUGUGCACGUUCACCGAAGAAUGAAGGGAUGCACGACGUGUAUUCAGUGAGAUUAAGACAAGAUAUAUAUACCCUUGCGGUGGGUUUACAUCUCGUCGUCGUCGUCGGCGCCAAACGUGUUUUCACCGCUGUACGUAAUGUACAGAAAGCCGUCCGUGUCCUUCUG